CCAGUUCUGGAAAACUGUACAAAUGACAUCUAUCCUGCUCCUGUGCUAGUUUAUUCAUAGCUGCAUCAUAGUUUUGUCACCUCUCUUCUAACUUGCUGAUUUUUUCAGGUCUGUUUCUAUGAGACUAGUGAGUUAACUUCAAAAUUUGAUGCUUGCCUGCCUCUACCUCACUCGUGCUGUGGAUGUUUGUUCUGAAGUUUUAGUUCUGAAGUUCCUCCAGCUUCUCCUAAGUAAAUCCUGGUUUUUCAAAGUCAGUGCUUCUUUGUAGACUUGCUCCUCGUUUCCUUCCUCAUCUGACAACUCUGCCUGUACAGACAGGACUAGAUGCACUCACGGCCUCCAUUGUGGUUCCUUCAACUCCCUUCUUUAUUCAGCAGCUUUUCAGAUGUCUUCCUUCAGAAGAACUGCACCUGGAGUACUAUGGCAGCAAACAAUAUAAUUGGGAAAUGUAUAGAUGCUGUUGAACUGUUAGCAGAACAGUGGGAAAAUUUGCUACAUCAGUUCAAAGCUUUAAAUGCAGUAGCAAAAGCAGCUUUGCUCUCUGCUUUCAAGGCCAUGGGCACUCAAGCAGCACCUGCCUUUGGAAUGGGAGGACAGCCAACCUCAGGCUUUGGGCUGUCAAGCUUUCCUGUGAGCAGCAGCAGCAGUACCAGUAGUUUCUCCUUUAAAGCCAGUUCCAGCCUCAUCAGUUCCACAUCAUCUGGGAGCAGCCCUGCUGCUGGGAGCUCUUCUGCUGCUGCAAAUCCUCCUGCAUUUGGGACAGCAUCCUCCCCUAGCACAGCCCAGUCCGUGGGCUUUGGCAGCGCGGCCGCUCCAUCCGCAGCCUCCUUCUCCUUUAAAGCAGCUGCCACGGCUGCUGGCUUUGGGAGUUCUGCCUUCUCAGGCUUUGGCAGUGCUUCUGCUGGGAACUCUGCAGGCACCACUCCAGCAGCCUUUGGAGCCUUUGGUGCCACCGGAGCUCCUUCUGGCUUGCCCUCGAGCGGCGCUUUAUUUGGACAGAGCAGCAGUGCCUCUGCACAUCCUGUCACCUCAGCGUCUGCUGCAGCCACCAACUCCAGCCCUGCCUCAGAGAAGUUAUUCACUCCCAAGAGCGAACUGUCAGCUGAAGAGUGGCAACAGUUUGAAGCAAAGGAGUUCACAAUUGGAAAGAUUCCUCUGAAGCCACCACCAUUAGAACUUUUAAAUGCUUUCGACCUUUUAAGUUUAUUCUAAAAUGUUGGUAAUUUUUUUUUCCUUUCUCAAUUCUCUUCUGCAGAAACAAAUGCAGAAGUAUAAACUUUUGAACCUUAUUUUUGGGCAGGCUUUUUACAUCUGAGAAAUGAACUAUUGAAACUAAAAUAGAACACUUCCUUCUAUAUGCUGUCCUGUGAAAUUAUGUACAAAGACUAUAUGAAAAAUAUGGUGUCAAAAGAAAGAAUGUUUCUAUCAGAUAUUUAAAACCUACUCUUGUAUCAAUGUAUUAUCUCCAAAUGUACAGUCCAUGGGAUGUAGGACUGGCCACAAAAGCUUUUUUCCCUAUUGCCCACACAAUUGGUAUUGUAAAUUUAUUGGUGAGCCUUUACUGAUAGUUAAUACUGAAUGUGUGCCUUUGCUGUCUAUCUGAAAUCUGUUGUUUUAUUCCUCAGCUUUACUGAAACUAGAUGAUCUGUGAGGGAUGCCUCUAUAAUUUCCUCCAGUUCCCUUCACUAAUUUACAUCUUAAGUUGUUUACAUCUUUAAGUUGACCCUUCCUGUCCAUAAAUGGCACAUGGAUUCAGGUCAAAAGGAGGGGCCAUUUCAGAGCCCACAACCCCUGCCAAUCCUUGUCUUCUCUAAUACCAUUCUCUUCUCAUCCACAUUAAAAAGGGGUUCAGUAUAGCCUACAUAUCCCACCAAUUAGGGCUAUGAGUCAGCAUGGUAGUUUCCAAAAGCUGAUACAUUCCUUCAGGAUUCUCUCAUUAUGAACCAACAGAUCAUUUCCAAUUCAAAAAAUCAGACAUAGUACAAGGAACAUGUCCAGGAAAAAAUGGCUGAUGCUUUGACCCCACUGCUUGUCUGUGCUCUAUAUUUUGAGUUGUAUCCUCUUUAUCCAUCUCCACCCUGCUGUUUUAGAGGUGUGGAAUGAAGGGAACUAACAUUUGCACAUAAAACCUCAUCCCCUUUUCCAACAUCCACUGUAAAAUAAUAUUAAUCUGCAAUGACACAUUUUCCCCAUACUCCAAUUGAUAAAGUGGCCACUAGUGAUGACAAUAUCUCUUCAUUUUAUCUUUAGUCACUGAUUCUCCCCUAAACACUUCCCAGCUUUUGGGGAUGCAUCCUAGACACUACAGGGAAGAAUUGUGGAUUGGCAUGUUCCCAUCAUGGUAAUUUAAUAACAUUCAAGUUACACAAUUCCUUUACCCUUAGGUCCAGACCUUCAGUAGUUACAUGAUCCUAGUCCCCCUGACUGGUUACAGUGAUAAACAUACACCAUUUGAAAGAGGAACACUGGUACACCAACCAAUCCAAGAAUUCUAUUCCCUUUUUUGCAUUUACUUGAGUCUCUCUGUAGCAUUACACCUUUGAGUUGCUCACCACCUUGAGACUGGAGAGGAUUUGAUGGGGUCCAUGAUCAGCUGGUCAGUAUGUGCUGCAGUCCUGUCUCAUCCAAUUCUCCAUUGCCAGAGGAAGCAAGAUGGACUAGUCAAGGCUUUUGGCCAUCCCACCUGGACACCCAGAACUCCCAAAUAUGGAUUCUACUGGGUGCAAGAAACAGAUUUGCACACAGAAUAGAGUUCAUAGAAUAUCCUGACUUGGAAGUAACCCACAAAGAUCAUCAGUCCAACUCCUGGCCUUGCACAGGACCAUCCCCAAGAGUCACACCAUGUGCCUG